AUGACAACUCCCCUCAAUCCUCAUCUAUGUCAAGAAGAUCCACCAUACUUUCGAAAGGAAUUGGCGGAUUGUGAAGCUUCAGUGUUUGGACUAGAAACUACCAUAAAGAACCUCGUGAAAUUGGCAAGAGCUAGUGCAGAACUUGCCCAAGAAUAUACAGCGAAACAAUUACAAUUCGCGGAAGAACUUGGUGUUUUCGCAAAACAACAGCCCGACUCAAUAAUUAAAUCGGUUUUGAUCAAAUAUGCUUCAUCACUUCAAGAAGUUGAAAGAAGUCGUCGAAUUCUUGUAAACUUUAAAUAUUUUAACGCCAACAAUUCACAUAUGCAUGAUAUGUUCAUUGAGCCAUUGGAAUCUUUUGCAAAGAAUGAGAUAUUGCCUUUGAAGGAUGUAAAAAAAGGAUUCGAAAAAGCUAGUAAUGAAGCAGACUUCGCACUUUCUAAGUAUAUGAAUAAGAGACCGAGAGACUCAGCGAUUGCUGAUGCAUCUUCCGAAGUAUCGGAUACGCGAAAAGAAUUUCAUUAUCGCUACUUAGAUUAUGUUAUAAAAAUUAAUCAAUUGGAAGCGAAAAAGAAAUUCGAAUUCAUGGAAUAUAUCUUGGCUUUGAUGUUCACGGAGUCUUCGUUUUAUCAUCAGAGUUAUGAAACCUUAAAGGAUCUUGAGCCACACAUGAAAGAUGUUACAAGAUUAUUACAUGAGGCAAGAACAGAAUAUAACAAUGAUAUUAAAGAAUCUCAACAAUUAAAGAGAUCUUUAUUGGAGAGCGCUCAAGAAACAUACAACCCAUUACACUCUUUCAAGGAAGGUACUAAAUAUCGUACGCAGCAGGGUGUAGAUGCGACAAUUGUAAAAAAGUCCGGCUAUUUGUUUAUGAAAGGAAAUCAAAGAGUAAUACCAUCAUGGACACGUAAAUAUUUUACUAUUUCAAAGGAACAAUUAAACUAUUGUAGUAAGGCAGGCAAAGUAUCAAAAGAUGAUGAUGAGUCAGCGUCUAUUAAUUUAAGGGUUUGUCAUGUAAAACCAGUAUCUAAUUCUGAUAGAAGAUUUUGUUUUGAAGUAAUAUCUCCAAUGAGGACUUAUGUAUUGCAAGCCGAAAAUCAGGCAGACAUGGAAGAUUGGAUAUAUUGUUUACAAAUUGCAGCUGAAGAAGCUUUGUACACGAACCAGAUGUCAAAAUCGGAUUCUCAGAUAUCUCAAGAUAUUCAAAGGAAUGAAAUUUAUUUAAAUAAACAAGUUAAUAAUGACUCUUCUCAGAACAUUCAACAGUCUAUUUUACGAAUUAAGCAAUUGCCUGGUAAUGAAUGUUGUGUAGACUGCAAAUCUAAAGAUCCACAAUGGGCGAGCACAAAUUUUGGAACGUUGUUAUGUAUAGAAUGUUCAGGUAUUCAUCGCAGUCUUGGUGUGCAUGUCAGUAAGGUUAGAUCAUUGAUGCUUGAUAAAUGGGAACCUGAGUUAAUUGAAGUUAUGUUGAAGCUCGGAAAUCUUGAGGCAAAUCAGAUAUUUGAAGCAAAUUUAGUUGGAGAUAACGAGAAAAAAUUGAUGAAUUCAUCAUGGGAACGUGCUGACAAGGAAAAAUUUAUAAUCUCUAAGUAUGUUAAUAAAGAAUUUGUUAUGCAAAAAGAUGAAAAUUCAAACUCGAUUGAUUUGGCUUUUUGGAAAGCAAUGGGUGAUACUAAUUUACAUGAGGCUCUUCGAUACUUAUCGUUAGGAGCCAAUGUUGAUUGGAAAAAUGAACAAGAAAAUUAUACUACGGCACUGCAUCAAGCUAUACUACGAAGUGAUGAUGUUGCGGUGGAAUUCCUGCUUUCAUGGUCUUGCGAUAUCAAUGAGGUUGAUAAAAAUGGAUGGAGUUGCCUUCAUCAUGCUGCAGCAACUAAUAAUGCAAGACUGUUGCUGAUUCUAAUGAAGAGACAUGCCAACAUCAGUUUGAAAGACAUAGAUGGAAAACGACCAGUUGAUAUUGCCGUGGAAUUACAAAAAGUACAAGCAGUAACAGUUUUAAGAUUAUAUCAAUUUGAGAAUCAGCUUACAAGAUCAGAAUAUUCAAAUUUUGGUGUUGACGAAGCAUUAACCAGUAUAUCAAAACCUUAUACAGUCGACACUCUCUGUACUGAGUCUUCAUAUACCGAAUCCGAACCUGAAUACAUCUAUUUACCUAACAACUCAUGCGAUGAACCGUAA